AUGUCGUCGCCCUCUGCGCCGCCCGACUGGAGCGAGCCGCAGUACGGCGGCUACUCGCGAUUCGAGAUUGAGCUCGAGUUUGUCCAGUCGCUCGCGAACCCGUUUUACCUCAAUCAUCUCGCCUCGCAGAAGCUCCUGACGCAGCCCGCGUUCAUCGCCUACCUCGCCUACCUGCAGUACUGGAGCCGCCCGCCGUACCUGAAGUACCUGACGUAUCCGGGGCCGACGCUGCGCCACCUCGAGCUGCUGCAGCAGGAGCGCUUCCGGCAGGACAUCAUGAGCCCUGACCUGGUGCAGCGGCUAGUGGAGGAGGGCAUGCGGAGCGCGGUGCAGUGGCAUAAAGAAGGGGCGACGUGA